GUCUCAAAACAUUCCAGUUCUGUACAAGGGCUUUGCCACACCGCCUGCACACAUUCACAGUUUCCAAGCAAUCUCCUCUGGUCUUUAAGAUGAGAGCCAUCCAUUUCCUCGUCCUUGUUCUCUCUGGCCUGGUUGGAGCACAGCAGCAGGCACUCAUGGACUACUUGGAGAGAAGACUCCUUGCCAUUGAGGACCGCAUCUCCUUAUGGCAUGAGCAGACCAGCCGCUAUGCCUCCGAGCUGCGCGAGUUCAAGCAGCAGAUGGUGGCACAGCUAGAGGGCCUGGACAAGAGCAAAGAAGCGGUGCGGAGCGAGCUGGACACAGUGGGCACGCGCGUAGAUCGCGUGGAGAGAGAAAUGGACUACCUCGAAACACAGAAUGGUGCGCAGCCUUGCGUGGACGUGGAUGACAAGCUGGUGGAGCAGCAGGUGACGGUUGUCAAGGAGAGGAACAAAGCCAAGUAUGCCAAGCUCACAGACUGUAGUGACAUGAUCUCCAGCAUCAAAGCCAUGAAAAUCCUCAAACGAGUGGGCGGCACUAAAGGAAUGUGGACCAAAGACAUGGGAAGUGCCGCUGGGAAGAUCUAUAUCUUAAAUGGGACAGAUGAUAAUACCCUCUAUGAAUUUGGUACAGUCCGUGAAUUCACCUCCUCCCAAGGUACAUCUGGUGCCACUACCAUCCAGCUCCCCUCCUCCUGGCGUGGUAUGGGCCAUGCUGUCUACAAAAACCAUCUGUAUUAUGUGAAGGAGGGUGAGGAAAUGAGACUAAUGAAGUUUGAUCUUCAGAAGAGCAUAGUUGUGGACAGUGCUGUGUUUCCAGCUAAAAACCAGCUCCCUGUUUAUAGCCUGAAUCCAGAGACAUUCAUUGAUCUAGCAGCAGAUGAAGAAGGUCUUUGGGCCAUCUAUGCCACUCAGGAGAAUGAAAGGCACAUCUCUCUUGCAAAGAUAGACCCCAAAACGCUUGACAUUGAACAGAUGUGGGACACCCCUUGUGUGAGGGAGAACGCAGAGGCGGCGUUUGUGAUCUGCGGUACCGUCUACGUGGUCUACAACUCUAAACUACCCAGCCGAUCCCGAAUUCAGUGCGUCUUUGAUGUCAGUGACAUGGUCACAAACGAUGAUGCUCCACAUGUGUACUUUCCUAAGAGAUACGGCACUCAUUCCAGCCUGAAAUAUAACCCAUUGGAGCAGCUGCUUUAUGCUUGGGAUGAUGGCUAUCAAAUCCUCUACAAACUCCAAAUGAAAAAGAAGCUGGAAGUGUAGAAUGUAUACUGUGUUAUUAGCUUGCUUUAUAUUAUACAACCUGGCCUAAAGGAAUAGUUCACCCAAAAGAUAAAAUUCUCCCACAAGCCAUCCCAGAUAUGUAUGACUUUCUUUUUCUGCUGAACACAAACUAAGGUAUUUAGAAGGAUAUCUCAGUUCUGUAGGUUAAUAAAAUGCAAGUCAACAUGGUCCAAAACUUUGAAGCUCAAAAAAAGCAAAUAAAGGCAGCAUAAAAGUAAUCCGUACGACUCCAGUGUUUAAACCCAUGCUUUCAGAAGCGAUAUGAUAGGUGUGGGUGAGAAACAGAUCAGUAUUUAAGUAGCCUAUGUUGCAAUAUGCAUAAAAAAUGUGAAUUGCCAAAAACAAAAGAAAAACCCUUAGAAGGGACGAGCAUGUAAGGGGGCUGUUUGAAAGUGGAGAUUUAUAAUAAAAUAAGGAAUUCAAAUGGUAUCUGCUUCUUACCCACCUAUCAUAUUGCUUCAGAAAACAUAGAUUUAACCAAUGGAAUCUAAUGGAUUACUUUUAUGCUGACUUUAUCACAUUUUUGUUGCUUUUGGAGUUCUGAUCACCAUUCACUUGCAUUGUAUGGACCUACAGAUCAGAGAUAUUCAUAGAAAAAAAUCUUAGUUUAUGUUCAGCAGAAGAACGAAAGUCGUGCACAUCUGAGAUUGCAUGAGGGUGAGUAAAUGAUGAGAGAUUAUCAGUUUUGGGUGAACUAUUAUUUUUAACAGACUAUGAUUGACUCACAAGUCAAUAUGUUUUGACAUUUGUAGUUACAGAGAGUAAAAGGAAAGCACAACAUAACAUUGAUUGGACACACUUUGGUUGGUCAUAUUAUAAAAAUCAAUGUACAGGACUUCAAAAACACAAACUUAUUUUGCCUGGUGCAGAACUAUUAAAAUGCUUUUUUAUCAUA